ACUCAAACUAGAAACACAUAAAAAAAAUAUUCAGUGUAUAGCUAAGUGGGAAGCAAUUUGGAAGUGUGCAGAGUUUUGAUAAAAGUAGAGUUGAUAUGACGAACGAGAACACAAAAUUUAUCAAUUCAUUGUUCUUGAAGAACUUAUUGGAAAACCAAUUUGGACAAAAAGAUGUAAAGAUCAAAACUUAUACUGCAGAACAGCCUAGUGAAAAUGGAAACGUUUACACUAGAGCAGCUAUUUCGAGAAUCUUUGUUAAAUUUUCAUCUGCUACGAAAUCAGAAGAAGUUCUAAGCUUUGUUAUGAAAAUAAAGCCAACGAAAGGUGAACUCUCAGAUGAAUUCAAAGUCAGCGGGGAUUUUAUGAAGGAAGUACAGGUUUAUAGAAACGUUUUGCCAGCCAUAAGCACAACCUUGAAGAAAAUUGGUGAAAAAAUAGAAUUUACUCCGAAUGUCAUUUCGACAUUCAAUAUACCAACUGAUGGAAUAGUCUUCGAAGAAGUCACCAAUCGUGGAUAUCACAUUCAAUUCGAGAAAACUGGAUUGAAUUUCGAACAAAGUGUGUUGGCGUUGCAGAAGCUCGCAUGCUUCCAUGCUGCGAGUGCAAUGUUGAUGGAAAAUACGUCAUUGGAUUUGGAUCGUUUCUCAAAAGGAACCUUUCACAACGAUUGGAAAAACAAAUUGGAGUAUUUUACUGAAGCUUAUCGUUUGGUGAUUGACAAUGCAAACGGGUUGGGAAUUGACAACACAAUACAACAAAAGUUGAAAGAGUUCUCAACACGUUCAAUUCCCAAAGUUAUUGAAGAUUACACCAGUGCCAUUAAAGGCUUCAAGGUUCUCAAUCACGGUGACUUUUACACGCGUAACAUUUUCUUCAAAUACAAGGGAAAUGAGCUCGUCGAUGUCUUGUUUGUUGACUUUCAAAAUGCUGUCAUAGGAACACCUUUGAUUGAUUUAUUCUACUUCUUGACAUCAUCUGUUGCUGUCAGUGUUCUCGCAACAUCACGAGAUGAAUUAGUUUAUGCUUAUCAUGAAGCUCUGUCAACCUUACUUGAAAGUUUGGGGUAUCAAGGAUACAUUCCAUCAUUAAAUGACAUUCAAGUUGAGUUUUUAAAACGAAGCAGUAUGGAAAUGUAUUUCGGAUUGACUCUUGCGCCAUAUUUAAGAUCAUUCGAGCCCAGAAUUGUCACUGCUGUUCAACCAUCACUUUACAAGGAUGAAUAUUUACAACAGUUGAAGAAAAAUGGAAAGGAAGUUUUAAUUCAAAACAAAGAUUUCAUCAUUGGACAAUUAAAGCGAUUCGAUGUUAUUGGAACACUUGACUGUGCAAGCAAUGAUGGACGUAUCGGUGGAAUUAAAAGUCGUUUCUCCGGAAAGGUUUAAUGUUAAAAGUAAAACAUUAAAAUAAACUGCCACCAUUAGUUUUAGUGGUUAAUCGACAUCCAUCAUCAUUUCUUUGUUUUAUCUAAUCAGUUCACUAAUUAAAUGUCAUGUGAAUUAUCUGAAUUACAAUUUCUAUGAGGAAAAGUAAAGAAUUUUAUCGUGCA